GCUUACAUCGUGCCGUAUCCCUCCGCCACUGUUCGCUUCUUACGCGGUUGUUUGACUGUGGAACUCUGGGUUUUUCCUUUCAAAUGGCAGCGUGUGAGUCAGUUUAUUGACUCGCUGAAUAAUGCCUUCAGUCAGCUAUGCAGCGCGCGGGUGGAGUUUCCAUAUUUGAGCAACACUGAACCACAACAGAGGUGUAGGCUAGCAAGUGGACCAGUGUCCUCCUGUCAGAGCGCCCGUUGACAUGGACUCCUCCACUUUCCUCUACGAUGUCCCUCCGGUUGUCGUCGAGAGGUUCUGUGAGAUAAUGGACAGUGGAGAUGGCCGGUUCGGGUGGCGCGGACUAGCUGUCCGAGUUGUCCCCAGCCUGUUAGAGGUCCGCAUGUUGGAGCGCGUGGAGGCAGCAGGUCGGAGUCCCACCAGGGAGCUGCUGUGGUCCUGGGCUCAGGAGAAUUCAAGAGUGCAGGACCUGCUUAAGGUGCUGCAAGACAUGGGCCACCUCAGGGCCCUGCAGCUCUUCCAGGGUCCAGCUCGAGAAUUGCCUGUGCCCCCCAGCAAUCAGCGCGCAGAGUCCAAAGGGCCGAUGUCAACAACUAAAGUGAAGGUAGAGUUGCCGAACGUGUCUUCAGACCUCCAACUGCAGGCGAGUUCUGCAUGUCAAGCCUCAUGUUCCAUGAACUCCGCUGGAGAAAUUCAGCCGCCCACAAUCACUUUCCAAGACAUCGUAGAGGGAACCAGGGAUUUCCAUCAUCACCUGAGGAUUGCAGAGGGCCACUUUUCAGACGUCUACAGUGCACAGAUAGGAAAUCAAAAGAUUGCAGUGAAGCUUUUUAAACAGGUAAAUAUGGAGCCAUGGAAGAAGCUGUGGGAUAUCUUUAGAAAAGAAAUGGAAAUCCAUCAUUUGUACCAACAUCCAAACAUCUUAGACUUGUUGUGUUGUUUUUCUGACGAAGACCGCUACUGUCUGGUGUAUCUGUACCUCCCCAACGGCUCGCUCUUUCACAGACUACACCAUCGGGAUGGAGAGCCCCGUCUGUCCUGGCAAGAGCGUCUCGCCAUCAUUAAAGGAAUUGCAAAGGCCCUGCAUCACCUCCAUACAGCCCAGCCCUGCCCAGUGAUCUGUGGCAAUAUCUCCAGUGCUAACAUACUCUUGGAUGAUGCCCUGCAGCCCAAGCUGUCUGAUUUUGGGUUGGCUCGUCUCCGUCCUCAUACAGCCAGUCAGGACUGCACCAUCACUCUGGAUACCAGGUCCCACGGCAACAUGGGAUACCUCCCUGAGGAAUAUAUUCGAGAUGGCAAGCUGUCCUUCGGCCUGGAUGUUUACAGCUUUGGAAUGGUUAUAAUGGAAACAGUAACAGGACGGAAGGUGAUAGAGGACGUGCCUAAACAAGCACCACUGAGAGAUCUGCUUGUAACUGAGGUGGAGGACAGCGGUGGGGUGGACUCUUGUCUGCAGUUUUUGGAUGUGGCGGCCGGUCGGUGGCCAGCUGCCGUGGCCCUCGGCCUUCUGCGUCUGGCCUUGGACUGCACUGCUAGCCGCCACCGCAGCAGACCAAACAUGGAGAAUGUACUUUUGGCAUUAAGCAAGCUGCUUCCUCCGCCUAGCUACCCCCAUGCCGACCAACCCCACAGCUUGGAUGAUGGAGACCCUUUUAAUGCCCAGUCAAGCCCCUCGUCCUCCAUGCCUGUAGAGCACGAUGAGCAGCACAGCCUCCCAGGUUCUUCAACACAGGCGGGGCCCUGCGAAUGCAGCCAGUCGGAGGUGACGUAUCUGAGUGACGUCACGGGCGCCGAUGGCAAGGCAGCAGCAAACCUGUACAACAGCUGGCCCGUACAGUGCAGCUGCCCCGCCGAGACAGGGGGUCUGGCCUGUGAGGACUGCAGAGCCAACGGCUUCACCCUCAAGCUCACAGACAGUUCCCAGACUGACUCCGUUGUGGUAGAAAGCCCAGCCAAGGAGCGAUUGAGGAACAAACUGAGUCUUUAUGACAGAGGGGUGAUUAACACACAGGAACUGUUUUCUGAGACAGGACUGCAGUGACUGCACUGAGAGCCCACUUCCUGCAACAGUCCUGUCCAGUCAUGUGUGUUCAGCAUUAAAGUGUUUCAUAAAGCCAACUUAGAGCUGGUGAAGUGAUCAGGCCAAGAAAACAAACGCAACACAUCAUAUUAGUUCACAGUAAAGAGGAGUAUGAAAAAAACAAAUGUGCUACGCCCGC